GAUCGCUGUUUGUGGCUUUGCGCCUUCUCAUAUUCGCAAAUCAAUUCACCUGUUUUCCCCUAGUCUCUCAUUCCCAUUACCCAAUUUUCCAAAUGGCCUCUGCAGCAAAAUCCCUAGUCCAAACCCUCCGGCGGUACAUGAAGAAGCCGUGGGAAAUCACGGGCCCAUGUGCCGAUCCGGAGUACAGGUUGGCGGUGCCCAAAGCUACCGAGUACCGGGUCUUCUGCCCCGCCACUGUCCCCGAGAAAGCCAUCAUCCCCACCUCCCUUCCCGAGACUGUUUAUGAUAUCAAGUACUACUCCCGCGAUCAGCGCCGCAAUCGCCCACCUAUAAAACGCACCGUUUUGAAGAAGGCUGAUGUGGAGAAGAUGAUGAAGGAGAAAACUUUUGAUACCAGUGACUUCCCCAGGCCUUAUUUGACUGCGAAGGUUGUCGAGGAUGAUAAUGCAAUUGGUGGGGGCUACCAGAAAUGAAAAUUCGGGACGACGAGCUGUGAUAAAUAAGCAUCUGGCCACUCAUAAUUUUAAAGAAUGGUGUUUAGAAAGUCCGAUCUAGAGUACCCAAAUGUCUGUUUUCGGUUUCCAUUUGUCAUUUUUAAAUUGCACUGAAUCCAACGUUCUUAUAGUCCUUUCCUCUCUUUGAAAUGCUCAUCAUUCACUUCUGUUUGAAACAAGAGGAUUGUUGUAUUGAAUUGUAAUGCCGUGUCAGCUUGUCAGGUAUUAUUCUAAUAAUUAGCGGCAAACAUUAAUUUCUGCAUCCUCGCAUGCUUGUCGACAACUUGAAGUUUACCAUUUUGUAAGUAUUAUGUGUUUCCAUGAAA